CAUGUUGAUAUAUCAGAACUGCUAAAAGUCUUAACAACUGAUAAAACAACCUUUUAUCUCUGACAAAUCUGUUUCAUGCCGGAGAACCGAGAGGGGCUGAGAUGUGGAUCGUGACUCCCGUGAAUCCUGGAGGUGAAACCUACUACCUCCGCCCCGGAAAAGAGUAUGUGGUUGGACGCAAGAACUGCGACAUCCUCCUUCCCAGCGACCAGUCCAUCAGCCGGGCCCACGCUCAGCUCUCUGCCACUGACGAGACGCUGACCUUAAAAGACACCUCCAAGUACGGCACGUUCGUCAACGGCGCACCUAUAACAGCGCCGGUGAACCUGAAGUCAGGGGACGCCGUCACGUUUGGAGUUUUUGAGAGCAAAUUCCGGGUGGAUCGUCAGAAGCCGGUGGUGUGCUCGUCGUGUUUGGACAAUGACGGGAAGGCUGCGCUCUCCCAGGCUCUCUCAGCUGUGGGUGGGAAGGUGGUCAGCAGCUGGACUCAGGACUGCACACACCUGGUUAUGCCCUCCGUCAAAGUCACCGUCAAGACGAUUUCUGCGCUGUUGUGCUGCUGCCCCAUCGUGAAACCAGAGUUCUUCUCCGAGCUGCACAGAGCCGUGCAGCAGAAGCAGCCGCCUCCCAAACCCGAGAGCUUCACGCCGGAGAUGGACGAGCCCAGCCUGAAUCGAGAGGAUGUUAAACUUGAAGUGAUUCCAGGUCGCAAGCAGCUCUUCAAAGGAAAGACCUUCAUUUUCCUCAGUGCCAAACAGCUGAAGCGACUGAGCACUGCAGUCAGCUUCGGAGGCGGCACCAGCCAGCAGCUGGAGGAGGGCUCGCUGCCCCGCGUCCUGCUGGAGUCUCCGCAGAGCUGCGUGGUCGACUUAUCGACCGCCUCCUCGCACACGCCGCUGUCCCCCUCCACAGCCGAGUGGGCAAACUCCGUCAAGAGCAUUGUUGAAAGAAAGGGCCUUCGAGUCAUCACAGAGUCUGAAAUCGGUUUGGCUGCUGUCUACGCUUCCUGUGACAAGUAUUGUAAUCCGUCCAGUCCAGUGGGAGAAUCAGAGUCCGCAGCAAAACUCAACCCAACAAUCCCGGGCGCGUCGCUGUCGCAGAGCGCCGCCGUAGACGAGACGGUGCUCCCUGCAGCAUCGCAGAACGUCACGACUUACGUCGCCAACACCGAGGCGUCGCAGGGAACGAGGGUUUGUGACGCGAACGAGGCGGCGACCGUAGCAGAAACUCCCGAGAAGAAGCAGAGCCAGAACGCCAAGCAGCCCCCCAGACCCAGGUUUGCAGCUGAGAAGACGGACACGCCGAGUGUCGUGGCUGAAUCCACGAGGUCGUCCGUGAACUCCCAGCAGAGCGCCGACGCACGCCGUCAGAAACGUGACUCCGAGCUGCCGGGGGGAGAGAGCAGAGAUGUCAGGCUUCAGUCGUCCAGCCUCAAGACCAACGGAGGCACAAACCCACCGUUUUAUAAAAGAUCUCCUCAGAAGCAGAAGAGCUCUUCACAGGUUUCCCCGCAGAAACAGUCAACCCUCACCACGUUCUUCAAACCUGCCAACAAGAAGAGGCCUUUGGAUGAGGAGUUCUCUGCGUCGGAGCCGAAGAGGUCUGCUCUUCAAGCGUCCGUAUCUUCCCCGGCAUCAAACUCCUCAAGCUCGUUUAGACCCGAUACAGCCGCCGACUUGUUCACGAGGCAGUCAGACACGACUUCCAGGGAACCCCAGGGGAAAAAGAGGAAGGAGGUGGAGGAAGAGAUCUGCAUGGAGGAGCUGGAGUCCCUCAUGUCCGAGGACAUGGACUGCUUCGACGAGCCGCUCGAUCGUAAAAAUACCCGGCAACCACAGCAGGAAGUGUCGACCAGCUCGACGAAGCAGAAGCAAGGCUCACACUCAGAGGAGUUUGAAUCUUCCAGCAAAAGGCGCAGAGUCCACCAAGAAGAAAAUGGGCUGACGAAGCAGAGCGGCUUUGAGAAAGAGUCGAGUUUCCAGAAGAACGACAGCAAACAGCUUCCCGUGUCUGUUAAAGCCGAGCCUCCUCAUGUGACGGACUCCAUGACGACAACCCGUUCAGAGUCCUCUCAGCCUCCACAGAGGACCUCCGCCAAAACUGACAGCAACACGACACCUUUUGGGGAUGAUCAGGCAGCUGAUGUUGAGGACUUAGAGCUGCUCCAAGCCGAAAAUCCUCAGCCUAAGGAGGAAACUAAGACUCCUCUGAAACCUGUUCAGCUCAAGCAGGAGGUCCAAGAGUCACAUUUCGAUGAGGAUCUUCCAAACAAGCUGGUGUUGGUGGAGUUUCGGUCUCUCACCGUGACGGCUCCUCCCAGACACAAACCCGCACAGACGCAAAGCAGCAGCUCCUCCAAGAACUUCAAAUGUUUCCGCAAGGGUCGCGCGUCUCAAGCCUUCUCACACGUCAUCGGAGGAUCAGACCUGCUGGCUCACAGCAGGGACAAAAACGCCGACCUGGACGAAUGGCUCAGAGACGUAGUGGAGGAGGAGAAUCAGAAGAAGCGCGACGAAAGUGUAGGAGAUGACCUCUUUAGGUACAACCCCACCAAACUAACCAAGAGACGAUGAAAUGCCUUCGUCUUCUCAUCCUCCGGAGGGAAUUCAUUUCAAAGGCUCGGGACUCCAGGAAUAACUGCGUUUAUCACCCCUGACGUCUGCCGGCCCUCGUUUCGCUCUUUGUCCCGUUCUGUUUGGAACCGUAUUCUCACACUAAUUAAGCCACUGGCAGCACGAAAUGUUAACAAAGCAGUCCGAGUUCAGUCUUUUUGUCAAACGUUUUAUUUGUCAAUAAUAAAAAAUAUUGCAUACAAAACAUUAAAAACUCUUCAGUUGAACAAGAGAGCGUCGAAACUCUACAUGCUGAAAGCAGCUUUUUUUUUUUUUUUUUUUUUU